CAGGCUGGAAGCAGAGGCUGGCGCUGGAGCUCGGGGGGCGGGGAGCUCAACAGUUAGCAAAAGUGCCCCGCUACGGACCUGGGGAGGCGGCGAGCGCCGGAGCGGCCUCGGAGCAACUUCUCCUGCUCGUGGGACAGCUCCAGGGCACUUCGGGAGUCGGUACCCCAUUGCACUUUGGAGGUGGGGAUCCCGUCCUCCACUUUCCCCCAAUUUUGCAUUUCGGGGGACCUUUCGCAGGGGACGGUCCUGGGCUCCGGACAUGCCCCGAGAUCUUUGUUUGACAGCUCGGGACUCGCCUAGGCUGCUUUGCCGGGGGCUUCGGGAGUAGAGCCCCCGAUUGAGGGGGUGGGGUCCCCCAGGCCAGGGAGAAGAAGUGGCCUGGCUGGGGGAGCCCGGGAAUGGUCUGACUUGGAGGUGGGGGAAGGAGGUCCAGCGCUGCAAAACACCCAGCCUCCAGCCCCAUUCAGCCUCCAGGGCUCCCCUCUUCAGAGCGAACCUGAGGUCGGGAGAUGAGCACCCAGCUGGACCGCCUGUCGGUGACCUCGUCCUCCACCGGCUCUCUGGGCUCGGCGGCCGGGGCGGCGGCUGGCUCGGCUGGCAGCGGGCUCCGGCUGCUGUCGGGCAACGUGCGCAAGCUGCACCACGCACUUAACUUGCUGCUGAACGAUGCGGAGCGGGAGCAGUUCACCCAUUGCCUGAAUGCUUACCACUCGCGGAGGAACGUCUACGACCUGGUGCGGACCCUGCGCCUGCUGCUUGACAGUCCGGACAAGCGGCAGCUGCUGCCUAUGCUGCGCCUGGUUAUACCGCGCUCCGACCAGCUGCUCUUCGACCAGUACACGUCCGAGGGGCCCUAUCUCAAAUCCCACACCGCAUCGACCCCUGGGGGCGCCAACGGGGCUGGUCCCGGGGAGGUCCGGCUUGUGAGUCUUAGGAGAAGCAAGACCAAUGAGGGUCUCGGCUUCAGCAUCCGAGGUGGCUCUGAGCACGGCGUGGGAAUUUACGUGUCCCUGGUGGAACCGGUCCUGGCGGAGAAGGAAGGGCUAAGGGUGGGCGACCAGAUCCUGAGAGUAAACGACAAGUCUUUGGGCCGAGUGACCCAUGCUGAGGCUGUCAAGGCACUGAAAGGGUCCAAGAAGCUAAUCUUGUCUGUGCAUUCUGUCGGACGCAUCCCAGGGGGCUAUGUCACCAACCACAUCUAUACCUGGGUGGAUCCUCAUGGCCGGAGCAUCUCUCCCCCUGGGGGUCUUCCCCAGCAUCAGAGCAGCUCCCUCCGGAGACAGGAAGGGGAGAGGAGGAGCAUCCUGCAGUUUCUUCCAGAGGGAGAUGAGAAAAAGGUGAACCUGGUACUUGGUGAAGGGAGGUCCCUGGGCCUCAUGAUAAGAGGAGGAGCAGAGUAUGCCUUGGGGAUUUAUAUCACUGGUGUGGAUCCAGGGUCCGAAGCAGAAAGCAGUGGUCUCAAGGUGGGGGACCAGAUCCUGGAAGUUAACGGGAAGAGUUUCUUGAACAUUCCCCACGAUGAAGCUGUUAAGCUGCUGAAGUCAUCAAAGCAUCUCAUCAUGACAGUGAAGGAUGUGGGGAGGCUGCCCCAUGCCCGAACCACCGUGGAUGAGACCAAGUGGAUUGCCAGCUCCCGCAUCGGAGAGACGCUGGUGAACUCAGCCGGGAUACCUGGGGAUCUCACUGGAGAAGGGCCAGCAAAGCUGGGAUUCUACAAGGGGCCAGCCAGGUCCCAGGUCACCCCAAGCAGCAUGGUCAACCAGACCCGGGUCAUCUUAGAGGAACAAGCCCGGCAUCUGCUUAAUGAGCAGGAGAGAGCAACCAUGGGCUACUACUUAGAUGAGUAUAAGGAGAAUAACAUCCAUGUGGAUGCCCUCAUCAUGGCUCUGUUUGAACUACUCAACACCCAAGCCAAGUUUUCCCUUCUAUCUGAGGUGAGGGGUCUGAUCUCCCCCCAUGACCUUGAUCGCUUUGACAACAUGGUGCUGAAACGGGAGAUUGAGUCCAUGAAGGCCCGACAGCCCUCCUGCACUGGCACGGACACUUACUCUGUGGUGUCUUACAGUGACACCGGCUCCUCCUCUGGUAGCCAGGUCACUUCUACCACAGUCAGCUCUGCUCGAAAUACUCUGGACCUUGAAGAGACUGGAGAAGUAAUCCAGGGCAGUAUCAAUGCUCUGCCAGAUGUUUCCUUGGAUGAUGUCGCCUCUCAUCCUGAGGCACCACCCAACUUCAAGCCUCCACCACCACCUCCUCCAGCUCAGUCCCUUGACUCUUCUGUUCCUCAACAGAGAAAGACUGGGAAAGACCAUCUCAAACACCCUUCUUCAGAGUCUUCUCAAUCGGGCCCUUUCUUCACAGCACCCCGCAACAUUAGCUCACCAACUGGCCAGCCAGAGAGGGACACAACCAGCACCCCAUCCACUGGAGCCACUUCCUCUGUAGAGGGGUCUCUUGCCAGCCCCAUCUAUGCUACCAUUUCUCCAGCCAAUCACAGCUUGAAGAGACCAAUGGAUACACACCUCUCAUUUGUCAACCAGCACCCAAUAGGCCCCUUCCCCAGGGUCCAAUCUCCAACUCAUCUGAAGGGCACGUCCCUUGAAGCUUCCUCAGGGAGCAGCCUCCCAAGUCUUCCUCUUCCCUCUCCUCCUGCUGUCCCUAUUCCCCUUGAUAAGACCAGUCCCAAGUCAGGAAUGAAUCAUCAUUUUGUCAUGGUGGAAGUACACCGGCCAAACAGUGAACCAGACGUGAACGAAGUGAGGGCCCUGCCACAGACUCGAGCAGCCUCUACCCUUUCCCAACUAUCAGACAGUGGGCAGACUCUCAGCGAAGACAGUGGCGUGGACACUGGGGAGGCAGAGGCCUGCAGCAAGGACCAGGGCCGACAGCAGGCCUCCAUAAAAGGAAGAGGCAGCAAGGACCUCCCCCGGAACGAAGGGGCAGCAGAGACAGCCACCAAACCGCCUGGCCUCCUGGAGCCCACAUCCUCUCUGAUCCGAGUGAUGAAGAGCGCGGCCACCUUGGGUAUUGCUAUUGAGGGUGGUGCUAAUACUCGACAGCCGCUGCCAAGAAUCGUAACCAUCCAGAGAGGCGGCUCUGCCCACAACUGUGGGAAGCUGAAGGUGGGUCAUGUGAUCUUGGAGGUGAACGGCACGACAAUGCGGGGCAAAGAACAUCGGGAGGCUGCCCGCAUCAUUGCUGAAGCCUUCAAGAUGAAGGACCGGGACUAUGUGGACUUCCUGGUUACUGAGUUCAAUGUGAUGCUUUAGGGGAAGGACCCCCAGAGCCCAAGUAGAAAGAUGGCCCAAGGGAGAGUGCCCAGGAUCCAAGUAACUGAGAACAGUGGUGGCUCUGAUGAGCUCUGUGUUGUGUCUCACACGUGUGAAAGUGCACGUAGCUCCACAUCAAACAGAUGCUCCUUCCCAGAUCCCUCGUGCUCCCCUCCUGGCUAUGGCAAGGUGAUGUGAGAGGCCUGUUCCAGCCAGCCCGCCAGCCCAGAUUAGGGCCCACCUACUCCCCUUGCCCUCGGGGAAGGUCUUGUUCCCAGGCACAUGGUCAAGCUGGCUGCUGGCUGGCAGACAGAAAGACAGACAGACAGACAGACAGCUCUUAGCAUCUGCUGGGUUAGCAGUCAGCCCCAACAGCGCCCAGAGAGCAGGAAGGAAUAUGGGGAAACAGGGAAGGACUAAGAAGAAGAAAGAGGCCCAAGAGGGAGGGAAAGCAAGAGCUCCAAGAACAGAAUAGACGGGGAGCUUAUGCUUUUGUCCGUCCUUCCUCUUACCUGUUUACCUUUGUCACUACUUGGCUCCACCUUUGUGUUAAGGGACAUGUCCCGCCUUUACCAUAUGCUCAGCUCUGUUGUCCUUUACCUUCACCCUGAACCCUUUUGAAUCCCUCCUGAGUUGGGUUAGAGGCUCUUUUGCCCUAACCUGCCAGCUCUGGCCUCCUCUCCACCUUCUCACACUCGUACCCCUUGAAGAGAGGAAUAUAUCCCAUCUGCCCCCGAGGAGCUUGGCUCCCUUUAGUAACCCCUCUCCUUCCUCUGACAAGCUGUUAGCCAGAGCAGGGGUGAAGAGAGAGCCCUGGGGCCUCGGCGGCCAGAGGAUGGUCCCCCGGAAAUGCCCUGCUGCAAUCUUCGUGCCACAGACUGGGUGGGCAGCAAGUGCCCUCCUGCCCUGGCUGUUUAUUCCACCCAGCUUACUUCUCCACUGUCUUAUUUAUUAUUUGUUUUCUACCCUGUCAGCCAUGGAUCCCAAGCUCCCCCAUCUCCAGCACCUAUCCUGUCUGGUUAUCCUGUGCACAGCCUAACGAUGGAUGCCUUGUAAAUGCAGCAAUGUCAGUGUAUUUAUAUAAAGAGCUUGUGAUUUUAAUUUUUCAAUAAAUCUAACAUGUUAGGAAAA